AUGAAGCGAGUGCCGUGCCACCGGGCCAUGGUGGUAGUGGCAGCCCUGUUGUUCCUUUUGUGUGUAACAACACGCACACAAGCGCUGAAGCCCACUGUUCCGAGGACAGAAAGGCGAUACACGGUGCAUGUGCAACCGCUGACAACAGGUCUUGACGACGAUGGCCUGGAAUCCACACUUGUUUCCCUAACUAUGACCACUUCAUUAUGGCUUCCGAAGGGUUCUGCUGAGGAUAGGGAAGAACACUUAAGUUUCAAUGAAGAGCUAGACCCGUUUUGGGUACACGUCUUACGGCGACGGCGCUUCGAUUUGAUUGAAUGGUCUGGUUGUGGUGGCUCGUGGCGGCCUGAGUGGACGUCUACUUUACAUAACCGAAAGCACCCUGUUGACAAGAGCACAGCAGAGCUGAUUCACGACCUCUCACAUCACUCUGUUUGUUCCCAGUCCACUCUAUCUGCGUGUGGGUGGGUCAGCACGAGCUCAAACGGGAAUAAUGAUGGUAACGCGACGAGUGCAGGUGAGGAGGAUUUGCGUCACCACCAUCAAUGGUUGGCACAGUUUGUCUCGUCACUACUUUCAUCCCCGCUUACCUGGUGGGACGACACACCACGUUUUGUUCGACCGAUUGGGGCGCUCCAUUCGGUUCCCGCGGGUAAUUCCGUUUUCGCCUCUUCGGGAUACUCUGGUAAGUUUGGGGACGUUCGCUGGUGUUCGUAUCACCAUGCCCAGCAGGAUACACUUUGCACGCAGCAUGUAACAGCCCUGCUGAAUGGUGGUCGCUCAGGCAAAGACGUGGAAGAACGCAUCCCUCGGGGUAUAUUCCGGGCGGGACUCGUUUCUAUGGAAGACUUCUUUUCCUCCGUAUUUCACCACUUCCGUUUCGAGGUGAAGCAAUCACCCACCACUGAAGGGGGUGAGGCCAGGGGUAACCACACAAAUGAGGAAGCCGAGAUUAAGCUUGUGAUGCGUAUGGCUUUCGUUGAACAGAAUAAAAAGUUCGAUGCACUUUCUUCCCACUGGAAAGAGUCUUUUCCCGAGUAUGCUCCCAGUGUUGACUUCAUUACGGGUUCUCAGUUGAACGCUAAGCUCAGUUCGGCUCUGCAAACCCUGAAAAAAAUCCAAGGGGCCCGAAGUGGUAACGACAAUCAAGCGCUAGGCAAUGUGGAGGUGACACCUACUGCUCAGCACUUCAUUUCUGCCGUCGGGUAUGACCGUGGCACGUACAGGUUGGUGGUGAAUCCAACGCCUGAAGUGCCCACAUCAGGUAACUCAAACACCAAAAGCCGUCACGAACAGUCGCUUAUGUUGCAACCGGGGGACACGUUAGAGGCCCUUCUUUUCUUCCCUUUGCAUUUGAUGCGUCCGUCUCUCCACGAGAUGCGGGCGGGUGCGGGGUUGGAGUCAAGGGUAGAAAAUGCUUUUGUCGAUGAAAGCGCCAACGUAUUGGUUGUUCUCGUUCACACUACUGUGACAGAAACUGCCAUGCGGCCACUUGAAGCAGGGGUGCAAAGUAAUGGAUUUGUGCUCUGUGAAUUUCCUUUCCGGUUCGGAUGGUCCGCAAACAAAGAUAUGCCCCCUGAUGCCAACAGCAACCGCAUUCUUCCACAACCCGUCAUUCGUGUUGGACGGCACGUGUGUUCAGCGGGUGGAAAGGUAGGAGAAGGGGACAAGGCGUCUGGAGCCCAAAACUGUGGGAUGUCACGUUGCGCCUCAAUCUCUAACAAGCGCAUCGACCACCAGGGAUCACUGGAGUCACUAAUGGAGAGUAUGCGGCGCGACAACAACAGAAAAGGUCCUUGUGUCUGUUACUUUUGGUUGCGGUGCAGCAAUGUGGCGGGGUCGACUUUACCCGUACCGGAUCCCGCUAUGGUUUUCAACGUCGUAACGCUGGGUCUCAUAUUCUCUGCCAUUGUGGCAGGGGGCGUGGUCCGUUCGACUAAGCGGCUCUUUGAUGUUGAAGAAUCCGGUGCAGAUGAUGAGAACCCGCUCAUAAUUCGCAUUAUUCUCAGAAUCAUGAAGAGGUUGCGGAAACGUCGUGCGGCCGCUGCUGGCACUGGCUAA